AUGGCGGCGACAUCCACUCCCGGACAGGGGAUGCCGGCCCUAGACCGGAUUGAGGGCUCCCUGAGGGACCUGGCAGCCACCAUGGUGACAAAAACCGACCUUCAGGUGAUAACUACCACCAUCCAAGACACAUUGCGGACAGAGAUCGCGGGGAUUCACACAGAGCUCACUGCGCAGGCGGGCCGCAUUACCGCGACGGAGGAAGCAACUGAGGCCCUCACGGCCCGAGUGGCAGCCACUGAUACCGCUGUAGCACGCCAGGGUGAGAUGCUGCUUUCCAUGCGUCGACACCUGGAAGAUGUAGACAAUAGAG